AUGUCGGACACCUACGUCGCUGUCGUCGUAAUGGUCGCGAUGGCUUCUUCCCUGCGCAUUGCUGCUGCUGCCGCCACUGACGGCGGCCGCCGGGAGCGCGCCGCGGCGACGGUGGCGGAGAUCCUGUCGGUGCACAACGAGGCGCGGCGCGGUGGCGUGGCGCCGCUGAGCUGGAGCGCGGGCGUCGCGGCGACCGCGUACGCCAGGGCGUACGCGCGGUCCCGCCGCGGCGACUGCGCGCCCCGGCGGUCGCCGCUGUUCUACUUCGGCGAGAACGCGUUCGUCGGGAAGGGGCGGCGGCUGAACGCGACGGCGCUGGCGGCGGCGUGGGUGGACGAGGGCCGGCGGUGGUACGACUACGGGAGCAACACGUGCGCCGCGCCGCCGGCGCCGGCCGCCGGCGCAGGGUCGUGCGAGCGGUACACGCAGGUGGUGUGGCGGAACACGACGCAGCUCGGCUGCGGCCUCGUCGUGUGCGGCUCCGGCGACACGCUGCUCGUGUGCGACUACUUCCCGCCGGGGAACUAUGGCACCGGGCGGCCCUACUGA